UUGCGCGCGCUCGCCCCCACCAUCGAGUCCUCUUUCCCGCGCUAGGAGUGAGACGCGCCAUCUUUCCCGCCCGCUCACCACGGACCCACACCGCACAAGAAGCUUCACCACCUCCCCAGUGUUCCUCGAAGCACCGUUAUACCGCACAAGGCCUAGAAUCCCGGGCAAGACCAAAGCGCGCGCGCGCGCUAAGCCCCCCUCUCACCACUACAGCCAGCACCUCCUCCCGUCGCUCCGCCCCUUCCUCCCUUCCGAGCUCCGCCCCUUCCGGCCUGGAGCUGCCUUACGUCGGCAAGAUAAACAAAAACAAACAAAUAAACAAACAGAAAAGGCCCUUUUGGAGGCGACUUUUCGAAAGGGGAGGGGGAGGCACCUUGUCGUGCAGCAACUGGCCGGAAGACUGAGAGGGCGCUCUAGGACGUACGCGUUGCGUUGAAUCUGAGUGAUUUCCGUUGACGCUACGGUCAGCGACCACAGUUGUGACAUGUGUAUGGUUCGGAGUGAGGGAUAGAGUGGCUGCGGAUGAAACCAGGAUGGCGGCGCUGAGCAUUCGGCGUCUCUUGCUCCUCCCCGGCUGCGUCCUCCGCUCGCCGAGGUGCUCCUAUCGUGGGGAUUCUCCCUUCGACUCCGGACGGGACCUGCUGGAGAUUCCUCUGCCGCCCUGGCAGGCCCGGCCCCACGAGCCCCUGGGAACCAAGCGCGCGAGGCUGCUGUACGAAAGUCGCAAGAGGGGCAUGCUGGAGAACUGCCUCUUGCUCAGUUACUUUGCCAAAGAGAAUCUGAAUCAAAUGAAUGAGCAACAGCUAGACCUUUAUGAUCGUCUGAUUAAUGAGCCCAGUAAUGACUGGGAUAUCUACUACUGGGUAACAGAAGCAAAGCCUGCUCCAGAAAUCUUUGAGAACGAAGUCAUGGAGAUGCUUAGAGAGUUUACCAAAAACAAGAACAGAGAGAAGAGACUGCAACAGCCAGAUCUGGAGCAUCUUGUUGAAGCCCCAUGCUGAUCUUGUGUGGCCUUCUCCAGAAGUCAAGUUUUGGACAUCUUUUGAAACCUCGAACCACCUGUAGUAGUAUCUGGACCUCUGAAUCUUGCUCUUCUGGAUUCUUUCAUGAGUAGUUGCUGUUCUCUGUGUUUUGCUUCUCUGUAAUAAAGCUUCCCCCCCCCCUGAACAUGAGAAUUGCCAAAAAAAGAUUAAGGCUGUGAUCCUAUCAAUACUUACUUGGGAAUAAUUCCCUGGGUGUAUUCAACGUAGUGCUAAGAUUGUUCUGUCAGCACAAGAUUUCUCCUUGUCCAACAGAACAAUCUCCUCCCACUCCCCACACACUGUUCUGGGGGUUCUCCUGGCCCUCUGGAACAGAUUUGUGGGGGGAGAAGGGGGGAAGUCAUGUUGUGCUAGCAGGAAUCCUUGCAUUGGCUUUUUUGGCCCACUGAAUUCAAUGUGACUUCUGAGUAGACAAGUAUAAGAUUGCACUGUCAGUGAGGGUACUUCAUUUUUGACCCAGAAUGCACUUCAGUGCUAUUAGUAUGUAAUUGCAGGAUGAUUGAUACAAACAAAAGGUAUCAUGGUGUGUUCUGAUUCAUCGACAAAUGCUCAUGUUUAAUAUAUAUAUAUAUAUAUAUAAAUGAUAAUUUUA